GGGGGGCCGGAAGUGUAUCGCGCUCGCAAGAUGGCGACUCCCUAUGUGACUGACGAGACCGGGAAGUACAUCGCCUCUACGCAGCGCCCUGACGGCACCUGGCGGAAGCAGAGACGUGUGAAGGAGGGCUACGUGCCGCAGGAGGAGGUGCCGGUGUAUGAGAACAAAUACGUGAAGUUCUUCAAAAGCAAGCCUGAGCUGCCCCCGGGGCUGAGCCUGGAGCCGAACGCCCAGCCCGGCAAGCAGCCCAGCAAAGGAGAGGGCGGGGAGACAGGACUGUCCAAAACAGCGAAAAGGAACUUGAAACGCAAGGAGAAGAGGAAGCAGCAGCAGGAGAAAGGCGAGAGGGAAACAGACGAACUGAUCCAAUCGCUGGAGAAGGUCUCCUUGUCGGGGGGCAGCGGUGGGGACACGGGGGGGGCCGCCCAGCAGCCGACCUGCGGCACCCAGAGCUCUGCUGAUGGGGAAGCUGCAGCCUCAGAGAAAAGCAAGAAGAUCAAGAACCUGAGGAAGAAGCUGCGGCAGGUGGAGGAGCUGCAGCAGCGGCUCGACUCUGGGGAGAUAAAGCAGCCGACCAAGGAGCAGCUGGAGAAGCUGGGCCGGAGGAAAGCCCUGGAGGAGGAGCUGCAGGAUCUGGAGCUGGACUUGUGAGGGGUGGGCUGUUGUGGGGCGUGUGGGGCUGGUGUCCCCAGCGCAGGCUGUCUGGACUGAGCGCCGGCCCCCUCUUUCCCAGGGUUUUGUUUCGGGUGGGUGCCGUCGGUUUUCUUUUUCCACAACAGUUGUUUUUCGUUGUUCCUUCCCCCCUCCCCCCCCCCCCCCCCCCCCCCCCCAGCUAUCGGUGUUAGAAAGUCAGCAACUCUCAGAUACCUCUGUCCUUUUUAAAGUUUAUUUGGGUGGGGGUGGGAGGGGGGGGAAGGCCCGGGGCAGGGCUGGUGCUGCGGGUGGGGCAGGGGCAGCAGCUCUUCCUUGACUUCUUCCCCAGCCCCUCGCAUUCUGUGUUACGGCCUGUCGUCCUCUUCCUUUUCUUUUUAAAGAUGCAAGAAUAAAAUGGCAGUAGUGACCCCGUGG